AUGACCAUUGUCGACCCGAAACACUCAUCUCCCCCUCGCCCCAGUAGUUGGGCAGAUGGUCUCCGAGGAAUUGCCGCUCUUUUUGUGGUCGCAAGCCAUACCUGUCUGUCUUUUGCGACAUAUCUAGUCCCACCAUCUUUUGCGGAGACGGGAAACUCUAUUUUGUUUCAGCGCCCGUUCUUGAGACUGGUCAUACAAGGCCAGGCGUGGGUGGCCAUUUUUGUCGUGCUGCUCGGCUUUGUGAAUGCCCUGAAACCGCUGCAACUAGCGCGGCGAGGAGCUAUCUCCGAGGCGCUCGAGGCACUCUCGAGCGGGGCAUUCCGGCGCAAGGGGAGGUUGGUUGUCCCCGCUGCCUUAGUGACAGUUCUGGCCUGGGCUCUAUGUCAAUUAGGUGUCUUCCAAUUGGGUAGAAGGGUAGAUGCAUAUUGGCUAAGAGCGACAAGUCCCAAGCCAAGCCCAUCUCUGAGCACUGCGAUCGCAGAUCUGGUGCAACAGGUGGCGGGGACUUGGAUCUAUGGGGAAAAUGCUUAUGACCAACCGCAAUGGGCAUUGGUACAUCUUUUCCGUGGCUCUCUCUAUGUGUUCAUGACCCUGCUGGCUUUGGUGAACACCACGCCACUCUUCCGCGUUUGUGCGCAGAUGGUUUUAUAUGCCUAUAGCUGGGCGACCCUGGAUAGUAUUGUUGGUAUCAACAUUUUCGCUGGUAUGAUACUCGCGGAAUUAUCCUUCUACAACCUCACAGCGCUUCGACCACGCUUAUUUUUCAAAAUCCUACCCUAUGGACUCGUAACUCUCGGUCUCUAUCUCUGCUCCUAUCCCGACCAAUAUGCCGAGCAAACCGGAUGGUCUGCCCAACUGACAUCCCUUGCCCAAAUUAUCUUCCCGAGCGGUGCCAAUGUGAGCCGUUUUUACGCCGGCCUUGGCGCGCAGAUGAUCUGCUUUGGCGUGAUGCUUUCUCCGUUUAUCCGACGGUCGCUCUCUCACCCCGCGCUGCUAUGGUUGGGGUCUAUCAGCUUUCCGCUCUAUCUCAUCCACGGACCUUUGAUGCGAUCCGUUCUAGUCUAUCUACUUUAUCUGCCUAUGUCGCUUGAUUUUGAGCCAUCUUAUAGAGCCGAUGGAACCCCUGACCCGGCGUCAUAUAUUCCAACACCGAACUCGUUCCGGCUUGGGAUCGUUCUGGUUGUGUUUUUCGCUUUUCUACUCUUCGUUGUCCAACAGUGGGCAAAACACGUCGAACCGAGGAUCGGUGCGUUUACAGCUUCGUUUGAGAGAUUCUCUCGCUCUUGGGGUAAGACUGCGAUGUGGUCUCCCAAAGAAAAAGAUGAGACAUUACCGACUACCACGGUCAAGGAACUAUAUGUAUAG